UCUCUCAUCACCUGGGUCUCAACUAGUCAAAUGACCUGCCUGGAGGGUGAGUCGAAGGGACAGUCCCCAUGUCUGGCACCGAACAUCUGAGCAGGAGAUGCAGGAGGAGGAUGCACAGCAGGACUUCUCGGUGUAACAAACUCAAGAGGCUGUGUUGAGGGUGACGAGACCUGCCCUGUAGCUGGGGGGGGGGGGCAGGCAAGCCAGAAUGCUACCCCCAGAGCUGAAUGGAGUCUGCCCUGAUGAGGGAGACAGCUAUGUUGUGCAUCCCAAGAUCUGCGACCUCAAAAUGGUUCCCAACCUCAGACGCAGCAAUAGUGGCUUCUGUAAGAGCAAGAGGAAGGCUCACUUUGCCACUGGCAAUAAUGAAAAGGAGAAUCUCAGCUCGUGGAUUUCUGAAAACAUCAGGAAGAAGGAGUGUGUGUACUUUGUUGAAAGUUCCCAAAUGUCAGAUUCUGGGAGGGUCAUGUGUGAGUGUGGUUACUCCAAGGAACAGCACCUGGAAGAGGUUACAGAACCAUCUGUUUUCCUGGGGAAAGAAUGGGACCCCAAGAGGCACAUUCAAGAAAUGGCGACGGAUGCAUUUGGUGAUAUCAGCUUUGUAGGUCUGGGACCAAAGGUGGGAAAGUAUGUGCGCGUCUCGGCGGACACCCCUCCAUGCGUUAUCUACCAGCUGAUGACUCAGCACUGGGGCCUCGACUUGCCCAACCUGCUCAUCUCUGUGACCGGGGGAGCUAAGAAUUUCAACAUGAUGCCGAGGCUGAAGAACAUCUUCCGACGGGGGCUGGUCAAGGUGGCCCAGACAACAGGUGCCUGGAUCAUAACGGGCGGGUCCCACGCCGGCGUGAUGAAGCUGGUGGGGGAAGCUGUGAGAGACUUCAGCAUGAGCAGCAGCUGCAAAGAGGACAAAAUUGUUACCAUUGGCAUAGCCACCUGGGGGACUGUGUACAACCGAGGCAGCCUCAUCUGCCCCCUGGGCGGCUUCCCGGCUGAAUACGUGCUGGAUGAGGAGAGCCAGGGGAACCUCUCCUGCCUGGACAGCAACCACUCCCACUUCAUCCUGGUGGAUGACGGGACCCAUGGCAGAUACGGUGUGGAGAUCUCCCUGAGGACCAGACUGGAGAAGUUCAUUUCCGAGCAGACUAAGGUGAAAGGAGGAGUUGCCAUCAAGAUCCCGAUCGUCUGCGUAGUGCUGGAGGGGGGACCCGGGACGCUCGAUACAAUCUACAAUGCGAUCACCAAUGGCACCCCAUGCGUGAUAGUGGAGGGGUCCGGGCGUGUGGCUGAUGUCAUUGCACAGGUGUCCAAUCGGCCUGUCCCAGAGAUAACCAUCUCCCUGAUUCAGAAGGAACUGAGCAUUCUCUUCCGGGACACCUAUGAGCUCUUCACUGAGGGCAAGAUCGUGGAGUGGACCAAAAAGAUCCAAGACAUAGUGCGGAGCAGGCAGCUCCUGACCAUUUUCCGGGAGGGCAAAGAUGGCCAACAAGAUGUGGACGUGGCCAUUCUUCAGGCACUGCUCAAAGCCUCUCAAAACCGCGACCAUUUUGGCCACGAGAACUGGGACCACCAGCUGAAGCUGGCAGUGGCCUGGAACAGGGUGGACAUUGCUCGCAGCGAAAUCUUCACAGAUGACCAUGAAUGGAAGCCUGCAGAUCUGCACCCCGUGAUGGCCGCCGCCCUGAUUGCCAACAAGCCGGACUUCGUGAAGCUGUUCCUGGAGCAGGGCGUGCACCUGAAGGAGUUCGUCACAUGGGACACCCUGAUCUACCUCUACGAGAACAUGGCGCCCUCCAGCCUCUUCCACAGCAAGCUGCAGAAGGUGCUGGUGGAGGAGAAGGAGCGUUCGGCCUUCUCCAAGGUGCCAAAGAUCCAACUGCACCACGUGUCCCAGGUGCUGAGGGAGCUGCUGGGCAACUCCACGCAGCUGCUGUACCCGAAGCCCAAGCAUGCUGAGCGGCACCGGCUCUCCAUCGCCAUCCCACAUAUCAAGCUCAAUGUGCAGGGUGUGAGUCUCCGCUCCCUCUACAAGCGCUCAGCCGACCGGGUCACCUUCACUAUGGACCCAGUCAGGGACCUCCUCAUUUGGGCAAUUGUCCAGAGUCGCAAGGAGCUGGCAGAAAUCAUCUGGGCCCAGAGCCAGGACUGCAUUGCGGGGGCUCUGGCCUGCAGCAAGAUCCUGAAGGAGCUGUCCAAGGAGGAGGAUGACACGGACAGCAUGGAGGAAAUGCUGACCCUGGCAGAGGAAUAUGAGCACCGAGCCAUUGGCGUGUUCACAGAGUGUUACCGCAAGGACGAGGAGAGAGCCCAGAAGCUCCUUAUCCGAGUCUCGGAAGCCUGGGGCAAAACCACCUGCUUACAGCUGGCGCUGGAGGCCAAGAACAUGAAUUUUGUGUCCCACGGAGGCAUCCAGGCCUUUCUGACCAAAGUCUGGUGGGGGAAGCUGUGCGUGGACAACGGGCUCUGGAGGGUGAUCCUGUGCAUAGUGUUCUUCCCCCUCACCUACACCAGCUUCAUCACCUUCAGGGAGAAGAAGCUGCAGCCCAUGAGCUGCCUGACACGCACUCGUGCCUUCUUCACGGCCCCUGUUGUCAUCUUCCACCUGAACAUCCUCUCCUACUUCAGCUUCCUCUGGCUCUUCGCCUACGUCCUGAUGGUUGACUUCCAGGCGAAGCCGUCCUGGCGGGAGUACGUCAUCUAUUUUUGGCUCCUUUCCCUGGUGUGCGAGGAGACCCGCCAGCUGUUCUAUGACCCCGAUGGCUUUGGGUUACUGAAAAUGGCUUCCUUGUACUUCAGUGAUUUCUGGAACAAACUGGAUGUUUGCGCCAUCUUGAUCUUUAUAACAGGGCUGACCUGCCGAUGGAUCCCAUCCACUUUAUAUCCAGGACGGAUCAUAUUGUCUCUGGCUUUUAUUAUUUUCUGCUUGCGGCUGAUGCACAUUUUCACAGUCAGUAAAACUCUGGGGCCCAAGAUCAUCAUAGUGAAGAGAAUGAUGAAGGACGUCUUCUUCUUCCUCUUCCUCUUGGCUGUCUGGGUUGUGUCCUUUGGCGUAGCCAAGCAAGCUAUCCUGAUCCAUAACGAGGAGCGUGUGGACUGGAUCUUCCGGGGCGUCGUCUACCAUUCCUACCUGACGAUUUUUGGGCAGAUCCCUUCCUACAUCGAUGGGGUGAACUUCAAUCUGGAUCAGUGCAGCCCGAAUGGAACAGACCCCUACAAACCCAAGUGCCCCGAGAGCAAUAAGGAUAAGCGGCCCGUCUUCCCCGAAUGGCUGACAGUCAUCUUGCUCUGCCUGUAUCUGCUCUUCACAAACAUCCUCCUCCUCAACCUGCUCAUCGCCAUGUUCAACUUUACGUUUCAGCAAGUGCAGGAGCACACCGACCAGAUCUGGAAGUUCCAGCGGCACAACCUGAUUGAGGAGUAUCACGGCCGGCCUGCUGCUCCCCCGCCCUUCAUCCUCUUCAACCACCUGCAGCUCUUCAUCAAGAGGGUCCUGCUCCAGCAGCCAGCGAAGCGGCACAAACAGCUCAAAGAAAAGCUGGAGAAGAACGAGGAAGCGGCCCUUCUCUCCUGGGAGACGUACCUGAAGGAGAACUACCUGCAGCACCAGCAGUGCCGGGAGAAGCAGAACAUGGAGCAAAAGAUCCGAGAUGUUGUGCAGAGGGUGGAUGUGUUGGCGGAGUUGCUGGAUUUGGAUCGGGUGAAGAGGACCAGACUGGUGGAGCAGAGGCUGACUGGUCUGGAAGAGCAGAUGUCCCAGACCGCCAAGACCCUGGCCUGGAUCGUGCGGGCCCUGCGUGGGAAUGGAUUUGGUUCAGAGGAGGACGCACCCACCGUGGUUCCCAGCAAAGCCCCGGAGCUGAAGGAAUACGGCUUGGAGGAGAAGCCCGAGGGGACGACAGCUCUGUACCAUGUGAGCGCCCGCAACCUCCUCUAUCCCAGCUCCUCCAUAGUCCGUUUCCCGGUGCCGGACGAGAAGGUGCCCUGGGAGGUGGAGUUCCAGAUCUAUGACCCUCCCUUCUACGUGGCAGACAGGAAGGAGAUGGCUGCGUGCGAUCCUCUCAGAGAUUCCCUGGAGGCUCUUUCGAAGAUAAACUACAAUGCGAUGGACGGACUGAUCAACCGGCAGAGCUUCCACGGCACGUAUACCAUCCAGAACAGGCUGCCGCUGAAUCCUAUGGGCAGGACGGGGUUACGAGGCCAAGGAAGCCUACGCUGCUUUGGACCGAACCAUGCACUGCACCCCAUAGUGACGCGCUGGAGAAGGAAUAUGGAUGGAUCCAUUUAUAGAAAGAGCCUAAAGAAAAUGCUGGAGGUCUUAGUUGUCAAGUCUCCUGUGUCAGAUCACUGGGCUCUGCCAGGGGGGUCACUGGAGCCAGGGGAAUCACUACCACUGAAGCUGAAGAGGGUCCUGAGGAAGGAGUUCUGGCCACAGUUCCAGAACCUGCUGAACCAAGGUGCAGAGGUAUACAAAGGCUACGUCGAUGACCCCAGGAACAUGGACAAUGCCUGGAUCGAGACAGUGGCCAUCAACGUGCACUUUGAAGAUAAGAACGACAUGCAGAUGAAGCAGCUGAACUCGUUUCUCCAAGGCAGCGACCCAGAAGUGUGCAUCCGGUGGCAGCUGGUGGACAAGAGAAUUCCACUGUACGCAAACCACAAGGAACUGCUACAGAAGGUGACUGCUCUUUUGGGGGCCUAUUACUGAUGUUACAGCCGCCACCUGGGAUGGAUUUUCCAGAGCUGGGAGAAGUGUCAUGGAGAUCUGCCUGCCUGGUCCCCUUGUCUCCUGUUGCUCUAGACUGGGGCUUUGGGUGUGUAUCUUGGCUUAACCCUCCAAGAUCAGUGGGUCUGUGGGUAACAUGCCAUGCUGCAUGACUCUCCUUCUCACUCUCUUGUAUUAUUACUUGCGAGUGAACGCAACACUCUCGUGAGACACAGAUGGCAGCAGCUUGUGCCAGGCCAUCCUUCUUGCAGGAGUUGCCCCACACAGCUCUGCCAAUGCACAACAAAUUUAGCUGGCAACUUCCCCUAUUGUUGUGGUCUUGGCUUUCUCCUGGGCAGAGCCUGAUGCUUUGGCUGAGUUAGCAGUGGGUUUGGGAUGUGCACAUGUGGGACCUGGAAAGAGACUUAACUCAUGGGCCAGUUUUCCCACCCAUGUCUCUAGAGGUGAAAGGCUCCUGAUGUGUGGUGCCACCUAGUACCGGGCCAGGACACCUGCAUUCAGUUCUAGCUCUGCCACAGACUCCCUGGGGGAGCUUGGGCCCGUCACUUAGGGAGGGACUCACAAAAGUUCUACGUCCCAUGGGCAGAGGAGCCCCGCUCUUGUGUAUCAGCACCUUCCCUUGGCUGGCUUAGGCAGUCCUACCUAGCAUGCUGGCUUUGUGGUCACAUUCUCAGGUGCAAGUCUCUCCCCAUGCAUUUUAUAGGGACCCUAGGCACUGAACACAGCUUUGUGGAUCCCAGUGAGAGCCUGUGAUUUGGUAGGCUCCGCAACGCCCAACAUCACAUCACCUAAGUCCCUUUGUGACUCCGGGCCCGAGUUUCUUUAGUCCUCAGUUCCCUGUCUGUACCAUGGCUCCUCUGGCUCACCUGUGGAGAUUGUAGGCUCUGCACAGCAGGGGCUGUCUCGCCCUGUGUUUUGUACAGCGCUUGGCACAAUGAGUGCCUUGUCCUUGCUGGGGCCCCCAGUCCCUACUGUCAUGGCGUACACUAACACUAAUGGGGAAGGGCAGCAGAUCUGCCGUUGACGCACCUGGGCUACCGUACAUCCUCUUUCUAAGGGACAUUGCUCCAUCCACCACACUCGCCCCGCUCCUAGGGGCACCUGAGCGUGGAUUUAGGCCAGCACCUCACUCCGAGGCCAGUCCAUACGGGGUCUUCCCACUGCCCCUCCCUUUCAUUCCAGGUAUCCUCUGUUUUUUUUCUUGAUGCCUACUCUGAACCUUGGCUGCUCCUGUGUAUGUCAGCCAUGGUCAUGCUCUCCUGGGGCUUGGAGAACAGCAGGGAUCUUUGUCUAGGCUGGCACUGGUACUGCUUCAAGGAAUACGAAGCAGGUGUCUCCCUUCCCCCCAUCAGCCAGUUGCUAUGUCUCGCUCGUAGCCCUGAGCUCAGACAUCCUGGAAGGCACAUGCUUGGAAGACACUCCGCAGCCCAGGGUUUCACGGAGCUCAUGUAAUUUCUCUACCUCUGCCAGAGGCACCAACCUGGAUGUCAGACCUCUCUCUUGCACCUGAUCACACUCACAUCACUCACCUUGGACCCGGAGGAUGCUGAAUGCUGUGGCUCCUCUACAGACUUAUUUGUAAAGUGCUUUGGGAUCUCUUGGCCUGGAAGCAUCUAUAUUAUGUGUGUGAGCUACUCGGUCUUGUUGCCGUUUCACUGGUUUUGACGCAAAAUGUUGACUCCCAAGUGGGGUUAUGUGGCAGCACGUUAUAAAGGAAUUAACCCCAGACUAGGUUGAGCAUCUACUGCUAUUAUUUAUUUCUUGCUCUGUUCCUUAGAUUGGGUCCCUGGCACCCAUGUUAAAGCCCAGCAUCUCAUAUAUGGCCUUGAACAUGCUGGGAACUGUAUUGUAUCUGAGCUUAUUCCUUGAACCAACUCUAGUCACCUUCCUUAGAUGCUAGCAUGCCAGCAGCCAGGGCAGAAAGCACCCAGCAGUCAGGCGUAAAUUGUGCCCCCAGCCGUUGACAUCCCCCCCCAGUGCCGGAGCAGUCAAACGUGGCUGGCGAGUGGUUCUAGAGGACAAGGGGGAUGACUCGGGAAAGACAGGUUAUGCAGACAAGGUGGGCAAGGUUGCAUAUUUGGGUUUGAAUUUGAAAUAGCUGCUGUUAAAGUGUCAGCGUCGUAAAUAGGCACACGUACGGGCCAGGCAUUUUGAGGGCAGUAGCACCAUGGGAGAUAGACUGCAGUCCCGUUAUUCUUCCUUUGGAUUGCUGUGCAGCCCGCAAACAUCCACCUCAAGAUUCCCAUUCCUUAUGAAGUCGCUGGACACUGAUCUUUGAUUUCCCACCCUGCCACAAUUCAUCGCUAGAAAUGAAUGCUGUGGUCACAUCCUUUCACCAGCCAGUCACAUGUAACUCCCAGGCUAGCCAACCAGGAUCUCCAGAUCAAAACUAGUUCAAAACAAGCUGUGAAAGAGUUUGCAUAUAAACCUGCUCAGCGAGAACAUCUGUCAAGCCCUCUCAGCCCAUUAGCUAGCAGUGGAUCAGGAAGAGGUCCGGAGUGUAGCAUUUUGGCCUCAGUUUGCAAAGGGAUUUAGGCAUCUAAGUUGCAAGUGGAGCUGAAUCCGUUAGGUGCGCCCUGAGCAUGCUUACUGGAUCGGGCUCCACAUGUGAGUUCACACAAAACAGCUGAGGGAGGAGGACGGGAGGAGAAGCUCCCUCCUAUGUUUUAGCCCAGUGAUUUGGGGGCUCAUCUGGGAUGUGGGAGACCUCCAUACAUGUCCCCCCCGGGAUUUCAUCAAAUCCCGAUGAAAAGAAGGGGUUUGAACAGGGAUCUAGUGGAGUGCUCUAAUCACUGGGCUAUUCUGCAGUGGCCUUCUUCCCUCAGUCUCUCCAGUUGAAUUGUGGAUAAAUAGUGUCACUGGAGCAGGGGGACUGGCGCCUGGGAGUCCCAGCUCCUGGGUAAGUGCUCUAACCAGCAGGCUAUAUAGUCAUUCUCAUGCUCUUUCCUUACAUCUCCACCAUAGGACAGCUUUAACCAGAGAGGCUGAGGGAACCCCACAGCCCAGCACCUGUGAGGUGACAGAUCACUGUUCAGAACCCCCCUCCUCCAUCUGGCAUAGGGGAAACAUGACACAAGGGCCCUCCCCAUCCCCGAUGAGUGCUGUAACAAUCAGCGGCCCAGCGCCUAAGGCCCUUUGUGCAGCUAGACUUUGAUGACCAUGGCUGGUCUUGAUGGGAUUUUUUGCUGUCAUUUAGUCAGUCUUUGCUCAAUCAAACUAUUCCUUCCACAACGAUAUACUGAGCCGUGUAUGCAGAACAACAGCAUCUCGCCUGCAAUGAUGCACCAAAGUGGGCUUCAGCGUUUGCAUAAGGGGACAGAAUGAUGUUUUAUUUAAUGCUUCUCUUAACUCAAUAAAUCUAACAAUUAAGUUAAA